CGGAAGUAUAAAAUGACAGAUUUUGUCGCUAUAAUAGCAAUAAAACUAGCUUGACUAGAGGACUGGUGGAGUUAUCUGUUUGGCAGACGACCGGGUGGAUAACUUAAGAGAAAGAUGGUCGAUGUUCAAAGGAUUAUAUGGUGUCUACUUCUAACCGCUGUGACAGAGGUAGAGCCUUCUCAUUUUAGGGGUGCAAUUAUCACAUGGAAGCCAGGAGUAAAUCAGAAUGAAGUUAUCAUCGAUUACCGUAUAUCAUGGCGUAUGACCUACGCAGCAAACUUCAAAUGUGAUGAUGAAGUCAUUAUAGAUGGUACAACCAUUGGUGGAACAGGCGAUAUUGAGUGUAACGACAACUGUGCCGGAUCGAUUGGCAAACUAUUCUACAGUUGUACUGAUUACAGUAUAAGUGAAGAUUGGUCGUCUGGCAGAGGUAGAAUCAUAGAGACCAUUUAUCCAUUGGACGUUUCGAAACCAAUCAAAUUUGGCUUCAAAGGUGCAGCCUGGAUUGAUACCCUGAACGUUGGAGGUGGGGGAAACUGGAAUUUAAGAGUCACAGCUUACUUGGUUGCGAGGGAAGAUACAAACACCAUCAAUUCAUCCCCCACAGCCGAGAUAGCCCCUAUAGUGAGGCUGCAGUCUGGAUGUAAUCACACCAUUACUGUUCCAGUUGGAGAUAUAGACGGCGACAUUGUACGAUGUAGAUGGGCAGACACUUCCGAGGAAUGCGGUGAAGUUUGCCAUGGUCUACCUAAUGCGGAAUUAGAUAACGUAACAUGCUCGAUAACUUACAGUGCAAUUUAUGCGACGGGCUGGUAUGCUGUUGCAAUACAAGUUGAGGACUUUGUAACCUUCUCUUCGGUGAAUGCGCUCAGCAGCAUUCCCGUACAAUUCCUGAUUUUUGUCUACACAGCAAACGAAAACGAAACAUGUGGACAGUCUAUGGUGUUCAUAAAUCCAACACCACCGGACGAUGCGUGUAUAGGGAUUCCAGAGGGACAGGUGUACAGCUCCGCUAUUGCAGUCAGAGUGGUACAUUCGGACAGAAGCAUAAGUGAAAUUAAAACAACGUCUCCACUAGGAAUGACCAAAUCAAGUUUGUACCAGAUUUCACCUACCGAAUGGGCUGUAAAUAUCACAUAUUCACCACCCAAUGACAGUGACGUUUCAAAUGUCUUCUGCUUUAAUGCAAAAGAGUCGUCAGGGUUGGAGGGCGACAAAAGAUGUAUCACUCUUUUGACUGGAGUUGCCCCUCCUGCAAUUGUUGAAGGAUCACAAUCGCCUACAAACGUGGUUUACCCAGGUCAGAGAACAUGGUCGCUUGCUUUGAAUAAUUCGAAGUUUACCCGCGCCACUCGUCAAUCGUUCAUCAACUUGUAUAGUGACAACAACAUCCUAAUGGAAAAUAUUCCUGCCUCCAAUAGAGAGAGAGUAACUCUCAACCAGAAUAACAGAACACUCACAUUCUACACAACAACUAUUUUAACGGAAAAACAAACCUACUACUUCACAUUUGAUUUCGGCAUUGUAAAAGGAGUGACUCUCUGUGGGGCAGAAUCCCCAGCCAUUGACGACCAUUCCUUCUGGAGAAUAAAAAUACGUGAUAUCACGCCUCCUAGUAUACUAUUUAGUUCACCAUCUAUAUCAAACUCAACUGGAUAUGUACAGUGGACUAUAAACGAAGAAGUUUUGUCUGCGGUCUGCAAACUUACACGACCAAAUGGGUCUAUAGAAACAGUGCUUCCAUGUCAAAGUCCAUGGGAAGAACAUAUGCUUGUCGAGGGUGUGUAUAUUUUUGCCAUGGCUGCAACAGAUUUAGAGGGUAACUCUGCAACAGUGAAACAUGUUUGGACAGUCGAUACAACACCACCGGUUUUAAUCAUGCAGAGGACUCCACCAACAAUCAGUAAUUCAACCAGGGAAAGUUUCCAGUGGACCUGCACGUAUCCCUGCAACGUUGCCUGCAAUGUUAGGACAAACGAUCAGACGUUUCAGGUGAAUUGUAAUAGAAAAGGAGUCGUUUGGACGUUGCCAUCCACGGAUUCAAACGUCACUUAUACUCUCGACAUAUCUGCAACGGACACUGUUGGCAAUGAGAUUCGAGUAAAAUACAACUGGACAACAGAUUUCGGGAAGCCGACCAUCACUAUUUGUGAUAAAGGUCAGUCGUUUACAAUGGAAUGUAAUAGUGACACUAAACCAGAAACAAUAUGCAAUGCGACAGCCUCGGACAACAUGGACCCUUUGCCGCAGUUAUCCUAUACUGACACGAGUACUGGCUCUUGCGGUAUUACUAGAACUUGGACUGUAAUUGACUUUGCUGGAAACACCAGAACAUAUAAUCAGCAUAUCACCUUCACGACAAACAAAACGAUUUCGGUGUUUGAAUACCCACAAACGAUGUCUGUAUCGUGCGGCUCGUUAAGUAACCUAACAGAUGCGCUUUCGUCAAUGUUUAAAAUAUAUCAUCCAUGCGGCCUAGAUGUUAAUAUUACUUAUCAAGACGACUCUGUUGAAAAGUGUGGCAUAACUAUAAAAAGAACUUGGACCAUUAGAGAUGGGUGUGGAAACAUGGAGACAGUUGCACAAUACCUGAGAAUUCGGGAGGCAAAUACGCCUUUAGCACCACUUGAUGGACAAAUAGGUACAGAGCUAGAUAUAGUUUUACGUUGGCAAGAUCCAGAUGCUAGCAGAGAGUUUGAUAUAUACUUUUGGAAAAGGAGAGCGGACCGACCAGCCUUCCCAUUUGCGAGAACAACUGACAAUCACUUUAAGGUUGAAACCUCACUAGAACCUGGAACACAAUAUCUUUGGCAGCUAGUCUUCUAUUACACAGAUAACAAUACGUACAUAAGUCCUGUUUGGGUCUUUGAGACUCGACAUUACGCUGAUCUUAUGUUGGACAGUAUUGAAACACCGCCUACAGCUUUCUCGGGUCAGACAUGCGAAAUAAAAUGGACAGUUUUAAAUGUCGGAACAAUUGAUACACCUUAUGUGUAUUGGUAUGACGGUGUGUACCUCUCAUUCAACGAUAACAUUCUAGGUGCGAAAAGGGUUGCGUCUGUUCUACAAAGGAACAUACUGUACAGAAACGACGGCUAUUCGUCCACUGCAACUUUUACAUUAGACGAACGCGAAAUCGGCAAUGCGUAUAUUUUUGUUAAAACAGACACCUCCUCCUCAAUCGCGGAACUGAACACUACCAACAACUUGAUGAGAAGUUUGUCAACCAUUGAUGUACAACUUACGCCGCCCCCUGACUUGCAGGUCAUCUCGAUAUUUGUAUCAGGCAGUAGAUUUUAUUCAGGAAGUGAAAUUCAACUAUCUUGGACGGUAUUGAAUGUUGGGAUUGGUCCAACGCGAAGUCAAAGAUGGUACGACAGAGUGUGGUGGUCUACAAACAACACAGUUGAGAGAAGCUCUAAAAGAUUAGCUGAUGUGUUACACAACGGUGGCAUCGACAAACAACAUAAUUAUACAGUGUCAAGGGCAGUCAACAUUCCAGAAUUUAUAACCGGAGACUAUUUCAUCCUUGUUGAAACGGAUGUCUACGACAAUGUGUACGAAUUUUUAGGAGAAGACAAUAACGUUUCUCCAAUGCAGAAUUCACUAUACGUUGCAUUAACACCACCUCCCGAUCUCAAAAUUACUUCGAUUUUAACACCACCUCUUUGGACAACCGGUGAUACCGUCAAUAUAUCAUGGACAGUUCAGAACAUUGGAAGCGAAACACCCCAUUCACAGAGAUAUUGGACUGACCUGUUGGUAUUGACAUCCGGAAGUAAUACAAUCAUUGCGAGUCUAUUGAGGUCCCAUUACGGUAGUUUGUCAGUGGACGAAACGUAUACUUCAACCGUAACGUUUUACGUUGUACCAGCGCUUCCAACUGAUAAGUAUACAUUGCACGUUACAGCGGAUAACAGAAACUACCUUUUCGAAUAUUUAAACGAAGCAAACAAUGAAAUCAUACAACAAGUAACAGUACAACAGGCACUACCUGAUUUAAGUGUGGAGUAUUUCAAUGUGACCAUUAGGUAUGAAACAAAUAGGACACUUAUAAAUGCUGACUGGUCUGUUCAUAACGUUGGUAUCGGAAAAACAGUUCGAUCUCAAUGGUUUGAUACCAUUUCGGUUAAAACUCAAAAUCAAAAUUAUUUUACCGAACUGCAAACAUUUCAAAAUAAACAUGGUCUUUUACCAAAUGAGUCGUAUGAUUCUAAUGCAACCAUUGAUCUUCCGUUUAAUGUGUAUGGAGACGUCGUGUUUAAGCUUACGACAGACCUGGACCCUUCGUCUUCUGGAGAUGGCUAUCUCUUAAACAACGUUAAAACACAUUCAACAAUAAACAUCCAAUUAAGGGCAGCUGACCUAACAAUAACGGCAGUUAUGUUGAGCAAGUACGUUCAAGCCGGGAAAGGAGUUUCCAUUACCUAUACUGUUCAAAAUGUCGGAAGUCUUGACAUUAACAGUACGAAAUGGACGGACCGAAUAUAUAUUUCCGACACCAUUGGUAACCUUCAAGCCAUAUUGAACUUGAACACAAGUCUUGCUCUUCAGGCCGAUCUAAAUAAAAACAAAACAUACUCUAAAACAAUUGGUUUUAGCCUACCUAAUGAAAUGUCGGGACAGUAUUAUUUAACCGUAAUAGUAAAUGACAAUGCCAUGAUUUUUGAGGGUCCAAAUACCGAAAAUAACAUUGUAAAGAGAGAACUUAAUGUUGAAGCUGCGCUGUCUGCUGAUUUGUAUGUUAAAAAAAUAAAAGCAAAUGCAAUUUCUUUUGCAACUGAAGAAUACAUUGUAUCUGUUGAAUGGGAAGUGCAGAAUAUUGGAAACUCUAUGGAUACUCGACAUGAAUGGCAAGAUGCCGUAUUCUACAAACACAUUGACUCCGAUUUCAAUGUUUUAAACACGUUUAAAAUAAAGCAUGCCCUUGAAUCACAAGAUUUCUAUCAAAAAAAGGAAACUGUUGUUCUACCAUCGAAAUUCAGCGGCAAUAUUUUCAUAUGUGUACAAACCGUGUUUUCUGGAGAACUGUAUGAAGCUAACUCAACAGCUAAUAAUGUCUUAUGUAGCAUUUCACCGAUAACAAUACAGAUGGCUUCUCCCCCAACAUUGUCUGCAAACAUCGGGGAAAUCACUUCUUUGAGUGACAAUGGAACAUUUGAAACUGGCUCUUUUGUCAAAAUCACAUACAGCGUUGAAAAUACGGGCGAGUCAAGGACAUCGAUGUCGUCAUGGAUUGAUUCAGUUUAUAUUUCAAACGUAAAUGUUGAAAGCGUUUCCGACCUUAAAAGGAUAGGGUGGCAUGUCAAAGACAUUGUUCAUAUUGGCGCUCUUGGUACGGGGCAGAAGUACACGGCUACAUCAACAUUUCAAUUACCAAUGACAUUCUCGGGAAGACCUAGAAUAUACAUUGUAUCUAAUAAUACAGCAAACGAUGGAACAGGCGAAAACAAUACGGAUGAAACAACUGGCCUGGCUAAGUCACCCAUUCUUGAACUUUCCUAUGUACUACCAAACCUUCAGAUUGUUAGCAAUAUUAAAUUACCCAGUUUGCACGGUGGCCAGCCCGUUAUAGUUGAAUACCAAAUUGUCAACACUGGCAAUACGUCUGUUUUGGGGAAUUGGUUUGAUAGUGUUUAUUUAAGUGAGGAUAUAAUUUUGGACGCGUUUGAUUAUAAAUUAAAAUCAGAACUAAGGUUAACCACACUCAGACCAAAUGACAGUGUUAAUGUGAAUAUCAGCUUUAUCCUUCCAGUUGACUUACAAACAAAAACGUACAUGUUGGCAAUUGUUUGUGAUUCGCGAGAUGAAAUUUUUGAAGUUAAUGAAAAUGACAACGAGUUUAGAAUUGAUUUUCGUUUGGAAGCACGGUUGAGCACCGACAUAGCGGUGAUAUCGGUAAAUGCUCCUGCCUUUUCUUCAUUUGGAAGCGACAUGAACGUUAAAUGGGAAAUUGUGAACAAUGGCUCAAAAUCAGCGCAGGGGUACAAAUGUGAUUCGGUUUAUCUAUCCGAUAAUGAGGUUUGGGACAUAACGGACAUGCAAAUUGGUAAACCAAAAUGUUCGUUUUUUACACUAGAAGCAAACAGUUCAAGUCAGUUGUCGGAAUCUGUAUCCGCGUCGACACCUCAGGUUGCUGCAAAUGAGUACAAUACCCUUGUGAAAAGCAGAUCUAAUGUUAUCGAUAUCAAUCAAGAAAAUAAUGUUGCAAUUACUCUACAGAAAACUAGAAUUAUAUACGACACUAUUAACGUCGGCGAGACUGUAAACCGAAAUCUGGUCGGUUCUCUAGUGCUACGAGUCGUUAAUGUUACAGACGACGAAACUCUUAUGAUAACAGUGUCAUCCAACAGUUCAAUAAACGUGUAUCUCAAGGGUGGCAGUCCAGCAACUUUUUACGACUUUGACAUUUCAUCUGAUGACCCUACUUCGUCUAGCCAGGUUAUCACGUUUCCAAACACAGAAAAUGGUGAUUACUACCUGCUCAUUGAAAGUUCAAACAUAAAAACAGGUGGCAAACAGAGCCUUGCGAUUUCAGUUAAAUAUGCUGUGUUUGAAAUAAUUGACAUAUAUCCUAGGAUGCUUAUACCAAAUGCACAAACAACUCUGAAAAUAAAAGGAGCCAUGUUCUCAUCUGAUAUGCAUGCGAGCAUUUAUUAUAAUAACACAUCUGACAAUAACUUUAUUGCUAAACAAACAUUGGUAUUCACAUCUGGCUUAGCGUACUCGACUUUUCAUAUACCAGAAGCUGCCUCAACUGGACCGAUUACCUUUCAAUUGUCAUCAUUAUCAUUAAAUAAGACGAUUUAUUAUGAAAACCUUUUGAUUCAAAAUGGCGUAAAGGGAUACAUAUCUGCAUACAAGGAAAGUCCAGGAAGGCUACGGGUUGGUGAAACAGGCACAUUCCUGAUAAGAAUACAAAAUCUUGGAGAUUCAGAUGUUAACGUUCCGAUAUUAAAUGUUGAAGCUUUAGGAGAUGGCAGUUUUCAGCUGCAAGACGACACUCGCGAGGAGUUCUUUAGAAAGCAAUAUUUACUUUUCUGUAUAAGCGAUGACGGACCAAGUGGAAUAUUGUUGGCAAAAGAUUAUUGCCAACUUGAUUUAAAUGUCCGACAAGAUGACACUCAAGUCAACUUCGCAUCUUUGUCUAUGCAAGUUUGGGAAAUAACUCAAAAUGAACGAUCCGUCAACCCAUUUAUGCAAUCAAAGAAUAAUCUACGUCCUUCUCACUAUGACGAAAACGCCUGGGAUCGUGUAUGGAACAAUUUUCUGACAUUAACCGGAAAUACUUCUUUGUCGAUGGGUAAAAAGAUGUCAAGUGUACUAAACGAAAUGAGUGUUGCUGGAAGAAGAGUACGACCGGUAAAUUUUAUAUUGACCUAUCUACUAGAUUUUGCAGAUUCACCAAAUGGGGAUAGUAUCAUAGACUUACAAGUGGACAUUCAAAAUCCUUCGGAAAAGAAUACUCGUUUAAUUGUUGAUCGAUUAAUGUCUUCGAGGAUUGGCUCUAGAAGUCAAGAUGGGGUUUUAGGAAAAGGAUGGAAAGUCCCUUUAUGGGAUACAUAUAUUAAGACGUUGGAUAAUGCGGAAGUUGUACUGACCUUGCACAAGGAAGACUUUUUGUUUCUUAAAGGAGAUGAACAUGUUUACCUACACCAAACCCUUGGUACACUUACGCGUACUGAUUCAGGCUUUACCCUUCGUCGCCAAGAUGACGGAAAUGAAUAUGUUUUUGACCGUGAGACUUUAAAAUUGAAGCACGUUGCGUCCUUAACUGACGGCAGUUGGCUAAAUUUGGAGUACGAUCAGAGUUUAUUAACGACCAUCCGACAUUCUGAGGGAUCAUAUGUUGUAGUCAGAUAUAAUGUUCGAAACAGAAUACAGUCAAUGGAAUUGUUAAAUGGUACAGCAAAUGAAAAAGUAGUAUACGAAUAUGACUUUAAAGGGGAACUACUUACAAGCGUACGAACAAAUUCAGAUUCAACUACAUACACAUACAACCCUGACAAUUCAUUAAAUACUAUUUCUUUUGAUGAUGGCACGAGAUUUGAGUUCGACUACAACGAUUUAGGCCACGUAAAAUCUAGACGAUAUUUUAUUUCUGAUAAAGAAGUAGACAGACAAGAAUAUUUGUACACGAAUGGCGGAAUGCUUUCAGUACAUUCUUGGCCUGCUGCCACAGGUUACAAUUUAACAUAUUCUGAAUCUGGAGAAAUUAUUGCAACUCAUCGCUUAGGUUUCCUUCCCGAUACUGUUGUAACUACAAAAUCCACUCAGAUAAACUAUGAGGGCGAUCAUAUUGUAACAAAACGUACAUUUGGAGUGAAUUCGAUACUUAUUGAAGAUGGUAAUCGGGACAGCAUUAAAGCGGAAUUUAACAACCUUGGUCAGCUAAUCCAAUUUAAAGAUGGACGAGAAAACGUAUACGAAAUAAGUGUGAACUCAAACGGAAGUAUUGACACCGUAACGUUUCCAGAUGGGACAAACAAGACGUAUACUUACUUUCAAAAUGGUCACCAAACCAUGACACAAACAGGUGCCGUUAAUGUGUAUGAAUUCGAUGAAAAUAACAGAUUAGUAUUAAAAAAUAUCGGCGAUAAUAUGAUAGCGUCCUAUGAAUAUGAUAAUAAUGGUAACCUUGAGAGAGCAAGAAAUUCUCUAGGUGAGGUUGUCAUAAGCUAUUCGGACACAAACGUAGCAAGUGUGGCAUAUCCGGAUAAAACUAUUAACUAUCGAUACAAUGCAAGAAAUCAGAUAAGAGAAAUCUCUACCAAUGACGGAUAUCUAGUCAAGUAUGACUUUAAUGAUUUAGGACAGAUGACUCGAGUUUUAAGGGAAAAUGAUGUAGUUUUAGUAACGGCCGAAUAUAAUGAAAAUGGAAAGCUGAAGAAGAAGACUUUGGGAAACAAUGCAUACACCGUCUACGACUACGAUCCCUCGUCUACAUUGUUAACCUCUCUUAAGAACUUUUUUCCAAACGGGUCUCUUGCUUCUCAUUUUACAUAUACUUACUCGAUCAGAAAUCGGCGGAUUGCCGUAACGUCACAAGAUGGAACUUGGAAAUUCCAGUACGACAAAGCUGGUCAGGUGACGUCAAUGAUAGAUCCACAUGGCAAUGUUACAAGGUACAAUUACGAUGCUAGUAAGAACAGACAAUCUGUGUCCACCAACAACUUCGAGGUACAAAACACAAUAAAUGAAAUGAAUCAGUACGUAAAAUAUGGUAGUACCUCGUACGACCACGAUAAAAAUGGAAACCUUAUACAGAAGAAUGGAUCGUCUGGAAACGAAGUUUUCAAAUAUGAUGAAGAAAACAGACUUGUUGCUUUUCAUUCAAACGGAACAACAUGCUCCUUCAAGUAUGAUGCUUUCGGUCAUUUGCAUUCAAAACAAUGCAAUGGUCGAGCGACCCGUUAUGUCGCAAACAUCCAGGGGCUCUAUGGUGCAGAUAUUAUUGAACAGAUUGAAUCCAUAAAUGGUGUUGGGUCUACCGUUCGCUUUUACCACGGGGAUGAAAAACUCGGACUGAUUGCUUCUACCUAUGAUAACGGAAAUGUCAACUAUUUUAUGUAUGAUGCAAUUGGGUCCGUUGUGAACGUGCUUUCGGAAAAUGGUGCCCUUGUGAACUCAUACCAACGGGAUCCAUUUGGCAAUGCUAUAGCAUCACUUGAAAAUGUGCCAUCAAUUUUCACGUUUGUUGGACAGUGGGGUGUGGUUGAUAUAAAAGAGAUUCCCGACGUAUUUUAUAUGAGGACACGAUUUUAUGACUCCGACACAGGCCGAUUCAUGAGCCCUGAUACAUUUGGUUUAGGUGCUCAUAGCAAAAACUUUUAUGCUUAUUGUGCGAAUAAUCCAGUAAGUUACAAAGACCCAAAGGGUACAUGUCCAUGGUGUUUACUUAUGUUAAGAACGGCGGCCAAAGGAGCGGUAACAAGUGUGGUGAAAUAUGGCUUGACUACUCCUAGGAAUGAAUGGACAUGGGGAGGCGCGGCAGGAGCCGCAGUUGAAGGGGCCAUCAACGGGGCCGUUAAGCCCUUCAAAAAGAUACUACCAGGCUGGGCGAAGGAUGUUAUAUCGGAUGUCGCGAACGUAGCGGGUACAGCCACACAGAAGUUGAUAGAUGAUGAGCCAUAUUCUCUUAGAGACGCCGCUGAAGAUUUCGGCAACAAACAGCUAGAUCGUGCUCAGGAUAAAUUGGAGGAGAAAUUUCCCCUUUUUAAAAAGUUUAACAAAAUAUGUGGAGCUGUUGAAAAGUAUUCAGGUUAUAGUGGAGCGCCAUGCGAUUGGAAAGAUCGAAUAAAAGAUUUCUUUGACAAAUUGCUUGACGAUAUCAUAAACUGGAUACAAUCAAGAGAUCCAAACGAUAUGCUUGGUCCGGAUGGCUACGGACCGGCCCGUUUUAUAUCCAAGGAUUUGACUUUGAAAUACACUAUCAGAUUUGAAAACGACGCAAACGCCACUGCACCAGCACAGCGCGUGUAUGUCGAACACAAAUACAGUGAGCACUUGGAUGCCAGACACUUUGUUCUCGGAAAGUUUGGCUUUGGCAACUUGACGAAAGAAAUGCCAAUAAGGAGCAAAAUUUAUCAGGAUACCAUAGACAUGACGAAAGAAAAGGGUAUUGUUGUCCAAGUGUUUGCUGGGCUUGAUUUAGUCAAAGAAGUUAUUGCUUGGGAGUUCCAGACUAUAGAUCCAAUAACAGGAUCGGCUCCAACGGAUCCUGGGAUUGGCUUUCUUCCCCCCAACAAUGGAACGUCCGGGCAGGGAUUUGUGAGUUUCAGUAUAAAGUCAAGAAUAGAAACCCCCCAUCUGUCAGUGAUUCAUGCAAACUCCUCGAUAUUCUUUGAUCAAAAUGAACCAAUAGACACUCCAGAUUUGUUCAACACGAUCGACGAUCGGUACCCGAUUAUUAAUGGGUCGAUUGUACCGGGUACAGAGUCUCGGGACUCAGUAACAUUGGCCCUCCGAGCUUUAGACUCAGGUUCCGGUGUCCAACGCAUAGAUUUAUUCAAGAGGGAAGGUGAAAGUAUCACUUUAUAUAAAAGUAACAUCACCGAAGCGAUAUUUGUUCUUCCAUUGGAAACAAACCUUCCACAAACUAUUUUACCAGUAGCAGUUGAUUUUGUUGGAAACAGAAUUGAUUUACAAGACAUUGACCAAGAGUCAGCCAUCACAGUCAACGUAACCAUAGAAACAACACCCUGCGAAUGCUCUGGUAAUGGCAACUGUUCAGAGGGAAUGAAUGUGUGUGAGUGCAUGAAUGGAUUUCAUGGAACUUAUUGUAACAGAACUACACCUCCAGUUGAACCACCAGUGCUUGAGGUUAGAUCAACACCGGGCUAUGCAAGAGAACCAAUUGAACUUCAAAUCUCAGCUCGCAAUAUCUCGGGUGUUUUUGAGGAUCUCUCAAUUAUAAUAUCGGAUAUUCCUCCGAACACAUUAUUUUCUAAGGGCGUUUUGAAAGGUGAUGGAAACCUUUACAUAGACGCUUCUAAGUUUGGUUACAUCAACAUGACGACCGAUCAGUACGGUGAAAUAGACCUUAAAAUAACUGUAAUGCAGACUAUCAUCGACCAGAAUUUAUCAAGGUCUACUGUUCUUCGUCUUCUUAUCCAUCCAUAUUUUGAAACAGUGUCCGUCCAGUUUACGGCAUGCCUUGCAGAAGAUAAAAACAACUCUGUCAUGUUUAGUUCUAGUGUUUCAUUUGUUGGAAUAUCCAACACAGAGAUUACACAAAAUAUCUCAUUUACCUUGCCCCACGUUGUUAGCUUGAUGUUACCGACAUGGGUGCAUCCACUGGAGCGUUACAACAAAGACAGUGUUUACCAGAUAGAUACAAAAGUUGCUCUUGGACAUCUUCAAAUCACAAGACCCUACAAACCAUUCAACACAUCAGUUAUAGUGCGUGUUCAGCCUGAUGGUGUACCACUAAAGGAGUUCGUUUUCGAAUUUCAAGUUGGAAGCGAAUGUUCAGAAGGAUCGUGCGACUGUGUCGAAAAUCACACACUUGAGUGUAGUCCGAUUUUCAAACAAUGUAAUUGUAAUCAGGCCUGGCAGGGAGAUCGAUGCGAAACUGAUGUCAACGAAUGUACACAACCGACAAUUUGUUUGAGCAUGCCAAACUCAUCAUGCCGCAACAGGGAAUGGGGCUAUGAUUGCCUAUGUGUGGAAGGUUAUGACCUGCAAAAUGACACUUGCAUAGGAAAUGGUAAAGGGAAUAUAACAACAACUACUUCACCCCAAACAACGGAGCCUCCUGUAUCAGGAAGAACUGUUUCAUUAGUUAUACGUGUCGCCGUUGAUCUGCCUUCGACUGAUAACUUAGAAAAUAACACCACUUACGAAACAUAUGCCGCAAAGACUGACAUUAUGUUAACGAACUAUUACAAACAACGUCUUGGCGAUCGGCUGAUAGAUGUUUUUAUUCGAUCGUUGAGUAAAGGAAGUCUGAUUGUGCAACACGAUGUAUUGGUGAAGGACGAGGAACAAGCACUUCAAGAACUGUCGUUAGCUAUUGUGGAACUGUUGACCUUUACUGACAGCAAUUCAUCAGGAAUAAUGCUAGAUGGUGAACAAAUUGCUGUUGAAAACGUUCGUCUUGGAAGUAGCAAUGCCCUGGAUGCAUGCAGUGUUUUUACGUCCUUGCAUUCAUGUGAGAGUGGCUGCCAGCUUGAUAACAAAGGAACACCGACGUGCAGACCGGUUACGAAGGAUGACAGUAAAACAGACUACAAGGUGAUUAUUAUAGCAUUGGGCGUGACAUGCGCAUGCGUGGGACUGGUCAUCGUAGUCGUUGUUGCAGUUCGCAAAAGUAGGCAAUCGGCGAAGGACGUCAACUUAAAUUCUGGAAUAUACGAAGCAGAUAAUAACGGAAGGGAAAAUGUUCCCGCUUUUCAUAAUCCUGCAUAUGGUGAAGAUUAAGAGAAACUAUUACAUGUAAAUAUUAUAUAUACAUGAAUUUGAUUCCACAUGUUCAUUUAUGGAUAAAUGCAAGAAUGUUUCCCCUCUACAAUAUGAUUGAAAAUGCACUUACCUUUUAUAAGGACAUUUAUUGGCAUCUUAAAGUGUUCAAGUUCGUAUCUAGGAGUCAAUUCGUAUCUAAGUCAAUUAAAACGUUUACUUUGUUUUAAAAAAUGGUAAACUUCGAUUUCAUUAUUUAAGUCUUUACGAUGUUGAAUUUAUCUGAAAUCUAAAGUAGUUUUAAAAGUCUUUUAAAACUUAAUACGUAAAACUGUUGACACAUAACGAUCUAGUUUACAUGCACUUUCCUUUUAAUCUAAUUUAUCCAUAUUCAUGUUUCGGUUACAAUAUACCAUAAUAACGUGCUUAAAUGGUUAAUUGUCUUUCAGUCCAUGUACUGAAUCUCCGAUCGCCAUGUAUACAACCAAGUAUUAAUUCUUUUCAAUAAUCAAGGAUCAUGUUGACCUAUUUUAUUCUAUUUAAGUAUGUUGAAUGUUUGAACUGAAAUAUAAUUUCUGUUAAGGCCUUUAUAAUAUUAAUACAAAUUAAGAAACUAAACAUAUAUGAUUAUAUUAUGCAGGAUAUUCUUAUCUCUUUAUCAAGUAUUUACAGAAUAUUGCCACCCUACCUGAAUUGGCAUGUCCCAGUAGUUUUCAUUUCAUCAUUUAGACUAUUCAAACUGCAUAAAAAUGAGAUAACUAACGUGUACGCAUAAUAGCUUAACCGAUAUAAACACGGUAUAAUAUAAAUAUAUCCUUUUUUAUAAACUUCAUAUAUCAACUGCAAUGUUGUUGUGUGUUUUUGUUGUUUGUAUCAACAUUACAAACGUUGUAUCUUUCAUGGUUUGAUCUUAACGUUAAUGUUAACUGACGCUACCGACAUAUAUUUUGUAUUCCUCGUAUAUAGUUGGGCCCAUAUGAAUUUACAAAGCAGAUGUAUGUAAUUGUCUUAGCAUAAAAAGCUGUAUUUCAAUGGUGUAAUAGUAAAAUUGUAUAUAUUAAACACUGUUUCAAUACUUGCAACACAAAAUGAAAGGAAAUCAUGUAAUCAGUAUCAAUGCUUAUAUAUAAUAUACUACAUGCUUAUUAUAUAAUAAAAUAGUAAACUCCG